CAGAUUUAAAUGGAUUGUCAUUGUCGGCUGUCCAAAUACAUAAUCACAUUUAGUCAAUCAACGUUCUUCAUUUCCCUAUCUCCAAUUUUUUCUCUCUCUCACACAGACACACACUAAACAUAAUGCAGAAAUGGCCAAAGAAGAAAACACAGUAUCCACUCAUAGCACUUGUCUUCUUCAUUUUCAUUGUUUUUUCCAUUCUUUAUAAUGAAAUUAACAUUCAACAAAUUCAUUCUAAUCAUGAUUCUUCACCUAAGGAAGAUGAAGAAGAAGAACAACACCGUUUAUUCCAAUCUGUGGAAAACAGAACCCUCCCAAGAAUUCCUCCAGUGCCAUUGGAUAAAUCUAGUGCUUGCCAUUCUACUGUGAAGUAUAGUGGAAAGAGAGCUGAAUGGGAUAGCUUUAAACCGGAGGCCGGUGACCGGAGAGAAAUGCCGGAAACAUGUGAUUAUUUUUCUGGUGAAUGGGUGUUUGAUAAUAGUUCACAUCCACUGUAUCAAGAGUCUGAUUGUCCUUAUAUGUCCGAUCAACUGGCUUGCCAUAAGCAUGGUAGACAAGAUUUGGAGUAUCAAUAUUGGAGAUGGCAACCUCAUAAUUGCAAUUUGAAGAGAUGGAAUGUGACUGAAAUGUGGGAGAAAUUAAGAGGGAAAAGAUUAAUGUUUGUGGGAGACUCACUAAAUAGAGGACAGUGGAUAUCAAUGGUUUGUCUAAUGCAAUCCGUUAUUCCAGCUGAUAAGAAGUUCAUGACACCACAGGCACAUCUUUCUAUAUUUAGCGCACAGGAAUACAAUGCCAGCAUAGAGUUCCUUUGGGCGCCACUUCUUGUCGAAUCAAAUUCUGAUGAUCCAGUUGAUCACAGAUUGUCUGAGCGAAUACUGCGUCCAGAUUCACUUCUUAGGCAUUCAUCAGAAUGGAUGCAUGCUGAUAUAUUGGUCUUCAAUUCAUAUCUUUGGUGGAGACAGGGCCCUGUUAAGAUAUUAUGGAGUACUGAAGAAAAUGGAGUUUGCGAGGAGAUAGAUGGAUUGGGAGGCAUGGAGUUAGCAAUGGAGGCCUGGGCAAAUUGGGUGGAUUCCAAUGUUGAUCCCAAGAAGAAGAUCUUUUUCGUCACUAUGUCCCCUACACAUUUCACGAAAGGAGAAUGGGAUCCAGGAAGUGAAGGAAACUGCUACAACGAGAAGCUUCCCAUGAAUGGAACAUAUUGGGGUGUAGAUUCUGAUUUGCCCACGAUGCAGAUGGUGGAGAGGACAAUCGCUAGGUUAGGCUCAAAGGUUAACGUUCUCAAUAUUACUCAGCUCUCAGAAUACAGGAAAGAUGGCCACCCUUCCAUCUACCGUAAGUUUUGGGAGGCACUGACUCCUGAGAGAUUAGCAGACCCUGCAAGUUAUUCGGAUUGCAUCCAUUGGUGCUUGCCAGGUGUGCCUGAUGUAUGGAAUGAAUUGCUAUAUCAGUUUUUGUGAAAAGCCGGUACAUUUUGUAAGUAAUCUUUCCACUAUCCUUGAAGAUAAGAAAGAGAAAAGUUCACACCUUGAACGUAAUGUACAUCUCAAAUGAGCAUAGCAUAUUUCCUUUGUUAGUAUUGAAGCAAAAUCUUGAACCUCAAAGUUUAUAUU